GUAAUGAAGAGAACAAAAAAGAUUUUGGUAAUGAAGAGAACAAAAAAGAUUACGGUAAUGAAGAGAACAAAAAAGAUUACGGUAAUGAAGAGAACAAAAAAGAUUACGGUAAUGAAGAGAACAAAAAAGAUUACGGUAAUGAAGAGAACAAAAAAGAUUACGGUAAUGAAGAGAACAAACAAGAUCACGAGGCCACAUUAAUCCAACGAUGCAUGGCAUUCAUCAAGACGCAUAAUUCAAUGCUCCAAGGCCGUAUCAAAGAAUAUCAAGCGAGAAAUUUGCGACGGUUUAAUGUCGUAAGUCCUUACCGUCCCGAACUGUGUCAACCAAUAUUCGAUCAAUUUAUCUCCGAGUAUCUUCCAAAAGCAGAACGGAAUUGGCUAGACAAUGGGCAAAAAAUAACACAGGUUCAUGAUCCAUGCAUUGUUAUCUGCCUUCAUUCAUCUAGAGCUCCAGAGGAUGUUAAUUUGACCUUGCAAAAGCUUUUCAUUUCAGAUAUACAGGUGCUAAUUGUCGGCAUUCAACCCUGCGAAAAAACAAUCAAGCCGAGCAGUUUGCUUAAAUACAACCUCAAGUCGAGGAUUAAAGAUAUUAGAGUUUAUGAUUUCACCGAUAUUGUUUUCUCUGAUACGACUGAAAAGUGUUACUUAUCCGACAUCAAUGUAGAUGCUGUGGAUGACAUUUCUAGGUUUUGUGGACAACAAACAAACACAAGCACAGUAAUGCCGGAUAACUCAUCAAGAAAGUAUGAAACGACUAAAAAAAAGGAUAUAGCCAUGGUAAAAGAUUCUUAUUCGAGCGAUUCAAAUGCAUAUGUGCAUGAGGGCGAAAGCCAUGCUCGUGACAUUGAUAAUUGCUCGAUGUUUGAAGAAGGGAAUGCCGAAAUUGCUACAAGUCAAAGAGAAAAUUACGAACUUCAUUGUCCAAAACCAAACGACAAUCAACUAAACAACGCAUCGUCCAGUUUACAACAGCCGAUGAAUCAAACUACUGAAAAGACGAAUAUAAAAUGUUCAAAAGAUCAAAAGUCAAUAACCAAAAUGGAUAGCCAAGUCAAUGGUAUUGUUUGA